CCGCCCGACUGUACUUUGGGUAGCAAGGGGCGUUUAAAUGUGACGCAGUAGCUGCGGUUUCCGUGCAGUAUUUAUUGAUUCUCUCGUAAAGCUAUUCCGUUUUUUCAUAAGAUAAUUCGUUUUGAGACAACACCGAUCCAAAUCGUUUAAAUGGGAAAUAUUUAUUUUCAGUUUGGAGUGUCAGUUGAGGGAGUAGGCGUGUGCACGUGACUUUUUUUCCACACCCACGUCGGGACAACCAGUGCAACGAAACAAGCAUACACUUAUCCAGUCAACAGAAAUACGCAAGAGCUACGGAGUCGUGCAGUAAUGGCGACGGCCAUCUACUUGGAACAUUACCUAGACAGCAUCGAGAACCUGCCCUGUGAAUUGCAGAGAAAUUUUACAUUAAUGCGAGAUCUGGACAACCGUACAGAAGAGAAAAGAGGCGAAAUUGACAAACUGGCUGAAGAGUAUGUUUCAAACGUGAAGAACCUGGCAUCAGAGCAGAGGGUGGAACAUCUGCAGAAGAUCAAGAAUGCCUUCAGCAAAUGCAAGGAGUUCAGCGAUGACAAAGUUCAGCUGGCAAUGCAGACGUAUGAAAUGGUGGACAAACACAUCCGCAGACUGGAUGCAGAUCUGGCUCGUUUUGAGAAUGAGCUCAAGGAGAAACUGGAAUAUGAGAGCUCAGAGGGGAGAGUAGCAAAAAAGUCUGAAAGCCGGGGCCUCCGUGAUAAACGUGGAUCCAGAGGAAGAGGAAGAAAAGGUUCUGAGGAAGAUUCUCCUAAAAAGAAAAAGAUAAAAAACAGCUCAGAGUUGAGUGACGCCCUGUUACCCAUGCAGCCAUCAGAUGUUCUGGAUAUGCCUGUGGAUCCAAAUGAGCCCACAUACUGCCUCUGCCAUCAGGUGUCAUAUGGAGAAAUGAUCGGCUGUGACAAUCCAGAUUGUCCCAUUGAGUGGUUUCAUUUCGCCUGUGUGGAUCUCACCACAAAACCCAAAGGGAAAUGGUUCUGUCCAAGAUGCAACCAGGACAAGAAGAAAAAAUGAAUUCCCAGAGUUUCAAAAGAUUCUAUUAAAUUCUAUGUAGAUUAUAUAUAUACUUCUGUUGCUCCUCUUAGAAAUGUGGGUCAUGCAGCUUUUUAAAAGCCUAAUCCAGAUGGAAUAUAUAUUUUAUCAGCACCUGUUUCCGUUGAUGAACUUCACCUUUGUACAUAUGUGCACUAUUCACAAUUGUCUGCUCAUCUAGUUUUAGAUCACUGACUAGAAAAGCUCAAAAUACUGGAUUGUGGCUCAAUGAUACUUGAAAUGUAAAAUCAUAAAGCUAUUUUUACGAUAAAUGUAAGACGCCUGCUGAGAAUUAACUACUUAAAACACCAAAACGCUUACCAAAACCUGGUGGUGAAAGGUUGGCUUUGUGUCGUGAUUUUCGGUUGCCUACCUCCUGAGGGAAAAAAGCACUGCUGUGCUGCAUACAUCACUGCUCACUAGUGUAAAAAUUAGCCUCAAGCAAACAAGUUGUCUGCGUCUUUGACAUAUUUGAAUGUACAUGGCUUCGAUCUUUUACUGUCAACUAAAUAGGAUAUUAAAGCACUUUGUAUUGAAUUUGGUUCCCACUGAGGUUUGACACUGUAGAAGUGGUUUCAUGUCAUCUCUAAUACGUAGCCACAUAGUCGCUUUGUGUGAACUAUAAUCACAUAUAUCUGCGUCAUUUAAUUCAAAUAUAUAUUUUAUAGAAGGUGUUUACUUGAAGGUGUAUGUCCUGUUAGGCAGACUGAUGCUUAUAUUUUCAGAGGUGAAGAUAUAUAUAUUUCUGUCCAUCUCGAAUUGAUUUAUGACACAAAUGUUGAAGCCAAAGUGUGUGUUUUUUCUUGUGAAUCCAGUAUUUUAAUACAAAUAAAUGGCAUUUUAUUGAA